AUGGCGCAGCUCAGUUCUACUCGUAUGGAGAGGACUGUCGUCGAAGUCAACAACUCUUGGCUAUAUUCAUCAGGUCCUGUAUCCCACGGCCUAUAUGCUUCAGGCUAUGGAACCAUCAUCGGUCGCAACAUUCAAGUAUAUUCUGGGGGAAAGCGUUCAUCUAGCUUCUCCGGCGACUCACCCAUUGGCCACGUCUAUGUUUAUGACAGUAUAGCACAUGCGGCUGGGGUUGGCUCUGCUAUAUUUUACGCCCUCGGAGAUAUCUAUGGUGAGAAUGUACUUGGUCUCUCUGAAAUGGGCCCAGUGGUCUUUUCUGAUGGUGGAAAUACAAUCAAUCUCGUUGACUGCGAUUGCACCGCCGGUUUACUUGGCGGUGUUGCUAUGUUCAGUGAUGCUGAGAGGCAAAGUGGAGCAACUCUGAGCUUUACAAAUACCAAGUUCAUUACCACGGGUACUGAGAUGCCUGGGUUAUGGUUUGGAAAUGUUAUUGCUGAUGUGACGCUGAGUAAUUCUCAGCUGGUUACUAAUUCUGGUAUUCUGGUUGUGGCUAAUUACUCUGCUAUAACUCAGAGCUUUGAUUAUUAUGCUGGUUAUUCUGAUAAUAGUAACCUGCUUCCUGCUGAGGUUACUGUUUCUGUUACGGAAUCUGAUUUGACGGGUGACUUGGUCGCGUACAAUGGGAGUUAUAUCAGUUGGUCUUUGGGUGAAUAUAGUAGUUGGAAGGGCGCUGCGUACUCUGGAUAUGGGAAGGCUGUUUUCGAUGUCAGCCUUGAUGCUACCAGCCAGUGGACUUUGAAGAGGAAUACUUAUGUUCGCAAUUUCACUGAUUCUCUUUCGGGACUGGGUAAUAUCGAGAGCCAGGGGCAUACGCUUUAUUAA